AUGAACUGCUGCAUGUCGGAUACCGACCACGUGGGCUCGCAAUCGGCCCAGGGCUUCCUUCGGGCUUGUUGUGGUGUUCCCGGCCAGGCGGCCGCGAUGAUCCUGUUCCAGCGCCCGGAAUGCGGAUACCAUCUUCUGGCAAAAUCAAAUACGCAGCGCUCGAGUCGUCGCUGGACUGCCGCCAGAACUCGAUGCUGUGCUUGGAACGGCAGCGCGGCGGCCCGUGGCUGCGUCGAUAGCUUAGAGGGCAUCAAGACCGUGGCGACUUCUUCAAUUCCACAGUUUAAGUGA